AUGCACCCCAUCUCUGUCUUGACGUUUGGCAUCUUCCUGUCAGGCUACAUUACUGCGCGCUGGGAUCUGGUCUCGCAGCUCAUUGAGCUCGCUGUCUUCGCCUGGGAUCGAGGCGUGAUCACUCGAGCAGCCAAGGGUUUCGGCGUCCUCUCCAUCUUCUUCGUCCUGAUCCUCAUACCGAUCGAGCGCAUCGCGAAUAAGGAGGUAGAACUGUUUGAAAAUGUCAAACAUGCGCUCAGCAUGCGAUUCCUCUUCCGCGGAUGUCCACAUCCGAUUGAAAACAUUGUUGAGAGGUGCGGAGGGAAGAAUAUUGAAGUAUUGGGCACGUUGAACGACAAGGAUACCCCCAAGCCAUUCAAUCGCCAUGAGCUUUCUUUACAUACUGUCCCGCGAAGCAAGAUACCAAGGAUCGAUUGCGCAGAGGAUGCAGGAGUCACCGUCCAGAUCGUCACGUUUGACAGACCAGAUCCGGACCGGAUGCAGUACCUUUCGCUGACACAGAUCUCACUUGCACUUGGCGACAAGCGAGGGACGUUCGGCUCAGAGGUCCCUUUUGACACAAUCGACAAGGAAGAAGACCUCGAGCGGAAGCGAAGGGAAGCAUUGGUCGACAAGCUCAAGUUGCAUACUGUUGUAAAGCAUCCUCGCACGGAGAAAGAACUGGCUCUCGACAGUAUCAUCAACCAGAUCAACUGCUCUGCUGAAGUGGACCAGCUCAUGCAAAGCAAUAUUGGUCUCGUUGGAGUAAGAGUUAAGAGGACGCAGAGCGUGAGCGAGCGUGUUGUUCUAUCUGCCACAAACGCUUAUGCCACAUUCUUGAUACGGCUAAAAGAUGCGUUCAAGCAGCAUAUCUGGCCGUUUGCCUCCAAGGUAUUCAUCUUCUGCCUGAUGGCACACCGCAUCAUAGCGGAAGGCCUCAUCCUACUGCUUGACUGGCGUCCUGUGCCGGAGUCGGCAGCUCUGAAAGACAUCUCCGCCACAGCUCAACAGGUCGAUAUCCGGCUGCAGCAGUUCUGCUAUUGGCCCAAGCAGUACCUCACGCUGCACAGGCGACGAAAAGACUGGGUAAGCAUCACGAACAGCCACCCGGAGUACAUCCGCUUCUUCAACAGUCUGUGGCUCGUCGCGAACGACGUGAUCAUUGGCAUCGCACUCGGCUCGUACAUCUUUGAGAACGCCGACUUCGUGGCCACUCAAAUGGACCAGUUGAUCGACAUCUAUUCCAUCGACGGACUCCAGCGAAUGAUCGAGUGGCUCAUGGGCUGGCCUGCUGGUCUCAAACUCAACAACGAGCUUGCCAAAUUCCUCGGCGACCUGUUCCUGUGGGUUAUUGACUACUGGGAUAAUUGCAUGAGGCAACUACAGCCAGCACUGCCGCACAUCAUACGCCUAAUUGGUAUCAGCUCCUUUGCCGGCGCUUCGCUGCCUAUCUCGAUGUUCUCGGACCUGGUCUCGCUGCUCACGAUCCACAUCUACUCCUUCUACGUUGCCAGCGCUCGAAUAUACAACUGGCAGCUCAGCAUCAUCGUCUCGCUCUUCCACCUGUUCCGAGGCAAGAAGCGAAACGUACUACGAAAUCGUAUCGACAGCUGCGACUACGACCUGGACCAGCUUCUUCUUGGGACCAUCCUCUUCACGUUGCUCUUCUUUCUUCUCCCGACGGUUGCGGUCUUCUACGCAACCUUCGCUGGCGCUCGUAUCGCCAUCAUCGCGCUCAAAGCUGGUCUGGACACCUGGCUGGCAUGUCUAAAUCACUUUCCGCUGUUUGCAUUAAUGUUACGAAUCAAGGACUCCAGGCGUUUACCGGGCGGGAUACGAUUUGAAUUGCAAGAUACCUCUGCUGCGUUGCUUUCACCAAAACACAAUACACAUAGUGAGCCACGACCUCAAUCGGCCCCGACAUCCUACAUCAAACUAAAGUAUGCCCAACUCGGCCACCGCGUCCGCAAACACUACUUCUCCCCCCGCGUCUUCCUGGCCAUCGUGUCUGGCCAGUUCGUCCCGCCGAUUCAUAGAAAGAAUCUUUACGGGCUGCAGUACAGCAUGCUUCCGAAGCAGCGGGUGAGUGUGGGCGAGCUGUGGCGGCUGCUUACGGAAGAUCGGAGGGAGAAGCAGAUGGAGGUCGCGAAUGGGUUUGUGGUGAACGGGUUUCCUGCUGGCGCUGGAGCGAGGAGAGGUGCAGGGCGGAAGGGUGGGGUAGGGUAUUGGUGGAGUCGGUAG